AAGAGCUUCUACAGUAUUAAUCUUCUUUAUCAUCUCUUGUCUUCAUUUUCUUUUUUCUUAUUUACCUUCUUCUGUUUAACUUUUUCUUCAAAGCAUCUUGCUUGUUCUCUUGAACUGGUCUUUUGAGUAUACCAUACAAGCUGAACAGCUUACUGCACAACUGGUGAGGUUGAAGAGGAUGAGUGCUUUACAGUUCAUCAAAUGUGUUACGGUUGGAGAUGGAGCUGUUGGGAAGACCUGCAUGCUCAUUUGUUACACCAGCAACAAGUUCCCCACUGACUAUAUCCCCACAGUUUUUGAUAAUUUCAGUGCCAAUGUGGCUGUGGAUGGCAACAUUGUCAAUCUGGGUCUGUGGGAUACAGCAGGUCAGGAAGAUUAUAGCAGACUGAGGCCUCUGAGCUACAGAGGUGCAGACAUAUUUGUGUUAGCUUUCUCAUUAAUAAGUAGGGCAAGUUAUGAGAACGUUCUUAAGAAGUGGAUGCCUGAGCUACGUCGAUUUGCACCCAACGUUCCAAUUGUGCUUGUUGGAACUAAGUUAGAUCUUCGUGAUGACAGAGGAUAUCUGGCUGAUCAUAUGAGCUCCAAUUUCGUAACAUCUGCUCAGGGAGAGGAACUGAGGAAACAGAUUGGUGCAGCGGCUUAUAUCGAGUGCAGCUCUAAGACUCAGCAGAAUGUCAAGGCAGUUUUUGAUACUGCAAUCAAGGUGGUUCUUCAACCUCCAAGGCGUAAGGAGAUGGUAAGGAAGAAAAGGCGCAGAAGUACUGGUUGCUCAAUCGCAAGCAUUAUUUGCGGAGGUUGUGUUGCUUAAAACUCGGUAACUGUGGUGGGAUGGAUAUGCUAAUACCAGCUUUUGACAAGGAUUAAUGACGUGCAAAUAUUUUGGCUGCUCAUCAAAUUGUUAUUUGUUAGUUUCCACUGAUGAUUUAUAUUAGGUUUAUGCUGUUUUGUGGCAAUUAUAAUAGUUUUCUUGGAUCUUGCAUACUGGCUAAGUAUGCAGGAAAAAUUGUUCGUUCUCUCUUGUAAUUUGUCGAAGUUUAUUAUGUUAAUGAUGUUGUUUUCUGCGCAUUAA